AUGAUGGAUUCCGAUGCUUCAUCCGACGAGGAGUAUGGAUCGACGGAUCUUGAUCAAUUGAUUCAAGAUGAGUUCUUCUAUUCCUCGAAUUCGGACGAAGAAGUGGACAUGAUCAUGCUCAUGAUAAUGCAAAAGGAAAUGGACCGGCAGGUGGAGCAUAUUCUCAACUUCAAGUGCUCAAUCAAAGGGAGAAGAGUGAUCAAUCGGGAUAGGGUGUCCGGAGCACGACUAUUGCAGAAGGACUACUUUGAUUCGAACCCAACUUUCUUGGAUGAUCCAUGGUUUCAUCGCCGUUUCCGCAUGCGAAAACCAUUGUUCUUGCGCAUUGUGGAGGGAGUGGAGGCACAUGAUGACUACUUCAAGCUCACGAGGGAUUGCUGCAACCAAAUUUCUUUCUCUGCUAAGCAGAAGUGCACGGCUGCUCUGAGGAUGCUUGUACUUGGUACUGCCGUAGAUGUCGUUGGUGAGAUGGUCAGGAUGGGGGAGAGGACAUGCCUGGAGACUACUGUCAAGUUUGUCCGCGAUGUGGUGGAGGUGUUUGGACCUAAGUAUCUCAGAGAACCAAAUGCGCAGGACUUAGAGAAGUUGUUGGAUGUUGGAGAGGCCAGGAGGUUUCUAGGAAUGCUCGGAUCAGUUGAUUGCAUGCAUUGGCAAUGGAAGAACUGCCCCAAAAAUUUGCGGGGAAUGUAUCAAGGUCACACCAAAGAGGUCACCAUCAUACUAGAAACAGUGGCAUCACAUGACAUUUGGAUUUCGCAUGCUUUCUUUGGAAUGUCGGCUUCUCACAACGACAUCAACGUGCUUCAACAAUCUCUGGUGUUCAGGAGGCUUUGCAAUGGGGAAUCACCACCGUGGAACUACACCGUCAACGGUCGAGACUACAACAUGAGAUACUAUCUUGCCGAUGGCAUCUAUUCUCAGUGGGCGGCGUUUGUGAAGACUAUAUCCGAACCGCAUGGCAAUAAAGAGAGCCACUUUGCAACAAUGCAGGAAGCGGCUAUGAAGGAUGUGGAGAGGGCAUUUGGUGUGCUUCAAGCUCGUUGGGGAAUUGUUCGUGGGGCUACAAUGAUGUGGGAAUCAGAAACUCUUUGGCGGCUCAUGACAUGUUGUGUUAUUUUGCACAACAUGAUUGUCGAAGGUGAGGGUGAUGGUGUAGCCCAAACCAAUGAUUUUGAAGCACUUGGAGAACAAGUUGAAAUUCCGGAAGAUCAAGAAGCAACUCGGCUUAUGAACUUUCCGCAAAUGCAUCAGAAUCUUCGAGAUCAUCAGGUGCACGAGCAGCUACUCAAUGAUCUUGUAGAGCAUAUGUGGACCCACAAUGGAAACCAAAGACCUGAUGUUUGA